GCCCACGCCUGACCCUCGUUCGUGAGUACGCCGUCACUCUGAAGUGCAGUUACCGACGCCGUACUCGGAAACAAAAACAGAAGAAAUGACGUUCAGAUUCAUGUUGAUAUCACACACGGCACUGCUGUAAACAGCCUGUGUUUACAUAGACGAGAAGACAGGCUGGGAUGAAAACAACGCAGGUCAGCGCAGACACAUCUGUUGUUAUGAUGAAGAGAAAUCAUCCGCGAUUACGGACCUGAGAGCAAACACAAGAGCUGUUUACACACUCCCAAUAUAAUUUCCAAGCAAGCAGCAAUCCUUUCACAUGUACAUUUAUGUUCUCGGCUGACUGUGAAUAUAUGGUGUUUGUUGUUCUCUCUCUCUCUCUCUGGAGGAAGGUCUAGUAGUCAUUAACCAUUAAGCGUCUCCGUCCAGCCCUUUGUAUCUUGUGUUCUGAGCGGUUUAUAAUCUGUGAGCGCCGAGUUCAGUGGCGUGUGUGUUAAAGCUCAUCCAGAUAUCCAGAGAUGCGCAGCGCAGUUCUUCUCCUGAUACUCCUGCCGUCCAUGGCAGCCAAAGACCUCUGUAAAGACAGCAUGGAUGGAUUUAAAGUCAGACUCAGCAUUAAGACGGCCCUCGGGGAUAAAGCAUAUGAGUGGAAUAAGAGUGAGAUGUUUCUCUUCCAAUCCACUCUGGCGUUUGCGAUGAACCGCGCUAAUAAAUCUAAUCAGGAUACAAACUACAAUAUUGAAAACAUACUAGUGUGCAAUGAUACGAAAAGAGUGUCGUUCGUGUUCGUGGUGACGUCGCCAGAUGAUCCGAGCAAACUGGUCCCCAAAGAACAAGUGGAGCAAGCAGUGAGGUUGAGUAAGCAUCGCAUAAACAGUGCGUUCCUGUUAUCGGACAUGACCCUGGAGUUCGUGGGAAUCCCGCCGACGCUGGCGGCCCCGGUCAAAUACGACACUCCUCCUUGGCUCAUCGUGUUUGGUGUGGUCAUGGGUGCUGUGGCUGUGGGGAUCAUGGCUUUACUGACGUCUUCAGUUAGCAAAAGACGACGAGCCAAAGACAAAGCUGCUGGUUUUGCAGAAGAGGACGGCGGAAUAGUCACAGAUAACGGAACAUCACUUUCAAGCCUUAAAGGGAAAGACGGCGUCUAUAAUCAAGCGUUCUCAAACGACGACCGCUUCACCCAGCUGUAGACAGAGAAGAAGUAAAGCCAUUCAGUAUCGCAUAACCUCUAAAAUGCUUCAGAUAUCCCAAAGAAUGAUAUUCAUGUAUUGAGUAG